AUGCUACGACUAUUCGACCGCUGGGGCGUCUCAGACCUAAUCCACGCCCAAGAUGUAGCUCUAGAGCACAUCCACGUCCGCAGAUGGGACAACGGCCAACUUCUAGGCACAAUGCCCGUGAACAAGACCUUCGGCCAACAAGUCGUCAUCCACCGCGCAGAUCUGCACAACGCCAUAAUCGACAGGGCCCUAGCACUGCCCAACGUCGAGCUGCGCGAGAACUCAUCCGUCACAGACGUCCAGUUCAGCCCUGCAAGCGUGACACUCUCCAACGGCGACAUCCUGCACGCCGACGUUGUAAUCGGCGCCGACGGCAUCAAGUCCACGAUCCGCGGCCGUCUCCUCGGUGAUUCAUCUAUCAAUGCUGUCCCUACCGGCGACGCAGCGUAUCGAAUCAUGCUACCAAGGGAAAUCAUGUUGCAGGAUCCCGAAUUGAAGGAACUAAUUGACGAGCCGCAGGCGACUCGUUGGCUGGGUCCUUCGAGGCAUAUUAUCGCCUACCCGGUGCGCAAGCACGAGCUGUAUAAUGUCGUUUUGCUGCAUCCGGAUCAUAAUUCCGAGGAGUCGUGGACUACGAAAGGGUCCAAGCAGGCUAUGAUCGAUAACUACGAUGGCUGGGAUAGCAAGGUGCGCAAGCUCAUAGAUCUAGUCGACGACGAGGAGGUGCUAGAGUGGAAAUUGUGUUUGCAUCGUCCGCUGAGGACUUGGAUACUGGGUUCUGUUGCUCUGAUCGGUGAUGCAUGCCAUCCUAUGCUUCCAUACGUUGCUCAAGGCGCCGCGCAAGCCGUCGAAGACGCGGCAGCGAUUGGAAUCGUACUAUCCAAAGUUUCGUGCAAGGAGGAGAUCCCUCAUGCAUUGGCCAUCUAUGAGAGAUCUCGGAAGCAGCGCGCCGAGACGGUCCAGCAGUCUGGGUCGGAGAAUCGUGUUGCGUUGCACUUACCUGAUGGGCCGGAGCAGGUAGCGCGAGAUGCGAUGUUUAAGGCUUCGGCCAGUGGGGAGAACCCGGAUAAAUGGUCUGAUCGGAGGACGCAGGAGUUCCUUUGGGGGUGGGAUGCUGAGAAGGCGGCGUUGGAUACUUGGAAUGAUCAGGCCAAGGUGAAGACGAAUUUGUAG